UCAGCUCCCUGAAGCGAGGGCAGCUAUGCCAUGGCGUCCUUCGAAGUGGAAGACCUGCUUUGGGUGUCCUGCCCACACCGGGUUUGGCGCCCUGGUCGUGUGAUCGACGAGGGCGAGGGCCUGCUGCUGCAACUGGAGCCGGAAGACGAAGAGGAGGAGCCAGCGCCAUUGCCUUUGCCCUUGCCACCGAAGCGCCUGCUGCGGCGGAACGUGGUGUUGCUCGGAGAGGGCGCGCUGAGAUAUGACAACCUCACGGAGGUCCCGGAGCUCCAUGAGGCUGCCGUGCUGCAUGCGCUGGACGUGCGCUUCGCCCACCAGCAGAUCUACACGCUGACGGGGCCAGUGCUGCUGGCGGUAAACCCCUUUCGCAGUUUGCCCUUGUACGGUCAGGACGCGCUGCGGAGCUUCGCGGCACGGCAGGUGGGCGUCGCUGCGGCGCCGAAGCCCCACGUCUUUGGCAUCGCGGCAAAGGCGUUAGAAGGCAUCCGGGAGCGCUACGAGUCCCAAACGGUUCUUAUCAGCGGCGAGAGCGGCGCGGGGAAGACGGAGACCACCAAGUUCGUGAUGCAGUUCCUCGCCCUGGCCAGCGCGGAGCGGCCGGCGGCGUCCGGGCGAAAGGAGUCGAAGCGGACGAUGUCGCGGGUGGAGCGCCAGGUCUUGGGGUCCAAUCCGCUGCUCGAAGCCUUCGGCAAUGCCCAGACGCUGCGCAACGACAACAGCUCCCGCUUCGGGAAGUACAUCGAGCUCCACUUCGCUCGCCCAGCGCAGCUGGGAGACGACGUGCCCAACCCCAAGCUGAGCGGCGCGCGGAUUCGAACCUACUUGCUCGAGAAGGUCAGGGUCAUUCGGCAGUCAGAGGGGGAGCGGAGCUUCCACGUCUUCUACCAGGCCUUGGCAGCGGCGGCAAAUGGCGGCGAUCAGCUGGAAGGAUUCCAAUUUCCCCCCGACUCCUUUAAGUACUUGCGCCACGACCAGGCAAAGGCGGCGGAGGAUCUCCAGCAGUACGAGGCCACUCUCAGCGCCAUGAGCGCCAUAGGCCUCUCCCACGAGGUCCCAAAGAUCUUCCGAGUCCUGGCGGCCAUCCUCCACAUGGGGAACCUGAGCUUCAACGUCAGUGGUGAGUCGUGCCAAGUGGCAGGCGAAGGCAAUACGCUAGCCCUCAUCGCAGAGCUGCUCGCGGUGCCUUCGAAGGACCUGGCCGCAGCGCUCACCACGCGCACGCGGCAAGUGCCGGGCGAGGGCGUCAUUCGCAGCCCCCAGAACCUCGAGAAGUCCGCGGCGUGCCGCGACGCGCUGGCACGGCACUUGUACCACGCGAUCUUCAAAUACAUUGUGGAGCGCUCGAACAGCUCCAUCGGUGUGGGCAAGGAGUCGGGCGAAGGCUUCUGCGGGGUUCUGGACAUCUUCGGCUUCGAGUUCUUCAAGGAGAACUCCUUGGAGCAGCUCUGCAUCAACUACACCAAUGAGCUCUUGCAGCAGUUCUUCAAUGUCUUCAUCUUCGAGCACGAGACGGCAUUGUAUAAGGAGGAGGGCAUCGAAUGGGAAGCCCAGGACUUCCCGGACAAUGCCGACAUCCUGGAGCUGCUUCACGGCAAGCCCAACGGAGUGCUGCCCAUGUUGGAGGAGGAGUGCUUCCAUGUGGGCGGCACUGCAGAGGCCUGGUGCAACAAGUUGGUGCGCCUACACGAGGGGAAGGGCCACUUUAGCCACGACCGCCUCAAGAAGGGCACCUUCAUCAUUAGUCACUUUGCAGGGCCGGUGACCUACCUGUGCACAGAGUUCCUAGAGAAGAACAAGGACGAGCUGUCUGCGGAUUUGGUGCAGUGCCUCAAAGACAGCGACGACGCCUUCGUCCGCGAGCGCUUCGAAGAGCACGACCGCGUCUUCGGCACCAGCCAGAGCGGCAAGCUAGGGGGUGAUGGCCGCAACCAACGCGUGAUGAAGGCGCAGCGGUACUCCGUGUCCGGGGAGUUCCGGCAGCAACUGCAGGAGCUGCUCCAGCAGAUCGAGCGCACGGAGCCCCACUUCAUCCGCUGCAUCAAGCCGAACCCCAAGAACCAGGCCUUUGUGGACGGCGAUUCCUCCAAACCCUUCUUCCACCGGCCCUCUGUGGCGGAGCAGCUGAGUUACCAGGGAGUCCUGGCGGCCAUCAAGGUCGCUCGUGCCGGCUUCCCCGUGCGCUUCUGGCACGUCGAGUUCCUCCGGGAGUUCCGAUGCCUGGCGCCGGUGGAGCUCAGAACCGCUCUGGAGGCUGCCUUGAAGGAGUCCACCGAUGAGCUCGCCCCAAGCGAGGCGGCCACAAAGUCCGUGAAGGCCUUGCUCGCGUGCCCGGAGAUCCAGGCGGCGCUGUCCGGAAAGCGCUGGGCCUUGGGCCACACGAGGAUCUUCUUGAAGCAGGAGCACUCCUCAGCGCUGCGGGCGCUGAGGGCGAAGCUCCGCACCAAGAGCGCGACGCGACUGCAGGCCACCCAGCGCCGCAUCAGCCAGCGCAAGGCCUACCUUGCGGUGCGGCGGGGGGUGCUGCGGCUGCAGGCGCUGCUGCGGGGGCAGAUGGCCAGGCGCCAGGCAAGGUCCUGGCGCUGCGCCAAGGCGGCCACCAAAGUCAUCGCCUUGCUGCGCUCUUGCGCCGCCCUGGCGCGCCGGAAAGCCGCCAGGACCAUCGCCCUCAGCCUGCAGAGCCAAGUCCGCGGCAGCAAAAGCCGCCAGCAGUUCCGGGCAGACAAGGACCGCGUGCGUCGGCUGCAGCGCUGGUGGCGGUCCUGGAAGAAGCGCCGGAGGUUUCGCAACCUGCAGCAGAGCGUGCUGCGCCUGCAAUGCGCCUGGCGCGGCCACCUGGCGCGCCGCGAAUCGCAGCGCCGAAGCCUGCGGCGCUUCGCCCUGACGCGCGCAGUGCGCCGACUGGUGCGUUUGCGCCGCCGGAGGCUGGCCGAGCGCGCGUGGCGGGCCAAGAUGCUGGAGCGCUACCACCAGGCUGCGGUGAAGAGGCGGAGUUCAAUCGUCUGCAAGACAUCAGCUGAGUUGGUGAGGGAGGUGAUGGAGCUGCGCCAGUUGUGCGACGAGCAGCAGGAGGAGAUCGAAUGGCUGGAGCAGCAGAACAGCACCUGGCGCGACACCAUCGAGGACCUGAGGCACCGCGCUUGCUUGCGGAUCCGCAGCUUCUUCCGCUGAAGGCUGAAGGUCUGCCACUGGUCGCCACAUUUGAAAGGCCAAAGCACGCCCCGGCGGAUUUUUUUACCGCAACGGCGCGCGUGGAGCCAAAGAUCGG